GCACAAACCUCUUGGAUGGAUGUGUCACCACCCCUGGAAGAACCUUUUCUCCCUCCUCAACCUGAAAAUGUUCUGCAGUUUCCUGCAUCUGAGACAGCUGAGUCUUCACCUCCAUCUCAAAUGAACACUGAGGUGCAAACCUCGCUCCUAGACGUAUGGAAGACAAAAGAUCUCAGGGAUGCCCGAGCACAAACCUCUUGGAUGGAUAUGUCACCACCCUUGGAAGAACCUCCUCUCCCCCCUCAACCUGAAAAUGUUCUGCGGUUUCCUGGAUCUGAAACAGCUGAGUCUUCACCUCCAUCUCAAAUCAACACUGAGAUGCAAACCUCGCUCCUAGACGUAUGGAAGACAAAAGAUCUCAGGGAUGCCCGAGCACAAACCUCUUGGAUGGAUAUGUCACCACCCCUGGAAGAACCUCCUCUCCCCCCUCAACCUGAAAAUGUUCUGCGGUUUCCUGCAUCUGAGACAGCUGAGUCUUCACCUCCAUCUCAUAUCAACACUGAGGUGCAAACCUCACUCCUUGACAUAUGGAAGACAAAAGAUGUGAGUGAUUCCCUGGCCCAGACCUCUCAAUUGGAUAUGUCAAAAUCUGUUGAAGAAUCUCUUCCUCCACAAUCUGAGAAUGUAGUGCAGUCAUCUACACCAAAAACAACCAAAUCUCCUCUCCCAUCUCAAGCUGACACUGAGGCGCAAACCUCCUUCUUUGACAUAUGGAAGGCAAAAGAACUAAGUGAUGGCCAGAUGCAAACUUCUUGGUCAGGUUUGCCAGAAUCCAUGGAAGAACCACUUCUCCAACCACAGUCUAAAAGCCCAAUGCAAAUAGCCACAGCUGCAUCUCCAUCCCCAGAUCAACUUGACCCUGAGAAGCAAACCUCUUUACUUGAAAUGUGGAAGGCAAGGGAGCCAAUGGAAAGCUCUGAAUUGCCAACGUCAAGCCCAUCACCAACUGACACCACACAGCAGAGCCUGGAAGAACUACCAAGAGCCCAGAUGCUGCCUUCUGAGAUUGAUAUGGCUGGGGCUGCUCUUGAACCCACUGUCCUGUCACGAACGGCCAGCCCAGCACACCUGCCAAUGCCUGCAAAGGUGGAAGCUGCUCUCCCUGUGCAGAUGGACUCUCAGUUGCCAACAUCCCUGCUUGAAGUGUGGACUACUAGGCAAGAAGCAGAAGUACAAAUGCAAACUGCCAACCUUGGCUUAUCCUUUGACAGGGAUUCGCCUUUAUUCCCAAUGCUAGUGGAGGGCCAAGAGGAGAAGAAACCAGAGCGAAUUUCCAAAGUGGAGGGGAAGCCAAAACUUCCCAUUCUCACUGAAGCGCAGGUUCAGACUUCCUUUGUCGAAAUACCCCGGGGCAAGAAAUGGCGUUCUUCUCGCUUAUGCACAGAGGCCCAGGUCCAAACUUCCUUUCCUGAUCUCCGUUUGAAGGACAGAAUGCCAGCCUUGCAGAAGAUGGUCAGUGAUCACGUGUCAGCCAAAAGAGUCCAGAAGGGACCCAAGCGAGCCACCCCAGUCUCUGUGCACUUACAUGUGAAGAUGUCCCCAAAGCGCCGAACUAGCAAUGAACAAAAAGUAGCGAAUACCUGAAUUUAAAGAAAUAAAAGAUUGCAGAAGAC